GGACACUUUUCUUUGAAACUGGCUGAAAAUCACGUGAUCUCCCUCCUUUCCCCAUGUUCCAUUAAUUUUUCUUUUAAACUACCAUUACCAUAACUACUCUCUCUUUCACUCUCUCACGCACUCUCUUGUUCCUUGCUGCUGUUAUUCUUCAUACAUCUGCAUACACCCCACUGUGGGUGGUUUCACUCUCAGAUCUGUCUCCGCCGGGCAAGGAAAAUGGGUUUGAUAUCCCGGAAAAUAUUCCCAGCAUGUGAGAGCAUGUGCGUAUGCUGCCCUGCACUGAGGUCACGAUCCCGACAACCCGUUAAGCGCUACAAGAAACUGCUCGCUGACAUCUUCCCCAAAUCCCCUGAUGGCGCUCCAAGUGAACGGAGAAUUGUGAAGCUAUGUGAAUAUGCUGCAAAAAACCCUUUUCGAAUCCCAAAGAUUGCAAAAUAUCUUGAAGAAAGAUGCUACAAAGAGCUUCGAUCUGAGCACAUUAAAGUCGUCAAUAUUGUUGCAGAGGUUUACAUUAAAUUGUUAUGCAUGUGCAAGGAGCAAAUGGCUUGUUUUGCUGUUCAUCUACUGAAUGUAGUGGUGGAGCUGUUGGAUAAUUCUAAGCGAGAUGCUGUCCGGAUAAUUGGAUGCCAAACUUUGACUAGGUUCAUUUAUACUCAGGUAGACGGAACCUACUUGUUUAAUAUAGAAAACUUAGUUCUAAAAGUAUGCACACUAGCUCGUGAGGCUGGGGAAGAGCAUCAAAAGCGCUGCUUGAGGGCAUCAAGCUUGCAGUGCCUUUCAUCCAUGGUGUGGUUCAUGGCUGAGUUUUCUCAUGUUUUUGACGAUUUUGACGAGAUUGUACAUGUGACUUUAGAUAAUUAUGAACGAGGCACACAUAGUGAGGAAGAUGAUGAAAGAGGGGACGCACAUCAUAAUUGGGUAGAUGAAGUAGUCAGAUGUGAAGGAAGAGGUGGUGUUGGUAGUGAAAUUAGUCCUAGUUGCAUGAUCAUCCGACCACAACCAGAAAAGAAAGAUCCUACUAUUUUAACAAGAGAAGAGGUUGAGGCACCAGAAGUAUGGGCUCAAAUAUGUAUACAAAGGAUGGUUGAAUUGGCCAAGGAGAGUACAACAAUGCAUCGGGUAUUGGAUCCAAUGUUUGUCUACUUUGACACUCGGCGGCAUUGGGUUCCUCGGCAUGGGUUAGCCUUCAUUGUUCUAUCUGAUAUGUCAUACUUUAUUGAGAGUCCAGGGAAUCAACAAUCAAUUUUGGCUGCUGUUGUUCGUCAUUUGGACCACAAAAAUGUUUCACAUGAUCCUCAAAUUAAAUCACUUGUCCUUCAAACUGCAAGUGGUUUGGCUCGACAGGUUAGAUCUGGAGCUGUGCUCUCAGAUAGUGGAUUUGUCAGUGACCUUUGCAGGCAUUUGAGGAAGAGCCUUCAAGCAACAGGAGAAUCAGUUGAACAGCAAGAGUUAAAUUUCAACAUUACACUCCGAAAUUCGAUUGAAGAUUGCCUACUAGAAAUCGCUAGAGGGAUUUGUGAUCGUGGGCCACUAUUUGAUAUGAUGGCGAGAACACUGGAGAAGCUUCCAGCUGUUAAAGUUGUUGCUAGGGCAACCAUUGGAUCAUUGAUCAUUCUUGCUCAUAUGAUUUCACUGGCAUCUGUCUCUUCACAGUCACUGCAGGUGUUUCCAGAUGCACUUCUUGUUCAGCUUUUGAAAGUAAUGUUGCAUCCAGAUGUUGAAGUACGAGUUGGAGCACACCAGAUAUUUUCUGUACUUCUUAUCCCAUGUUCUAGUUGUUCAAGACGUGAUGUUUCGAACCAUACAAGGAGUUGGCAUUCCAAUACCACAUCUGUGUUUGCUUCAAUUACUGCUUUACUUGAGAAGCUUCGGAGGGAAAAGGAUGGAAAUGAAGUAGCAAAGCAUGGAAUUAAUGUUCAUGAUAAUUUUAAGGGAGUGGAAAAUGCUGAAGAAGAAUGGAAGCAGGGGAGGGCCCACAAGAAUUCCCCUAAUUUCCAAAAAAUUAGUUCUAUCAUUGACAGGACUGCUGGAUCAACUAGCACAGCUGAGGCUGAACCAUCUAUUAUGAAAUUUAGUGAAGACCAAAUGGCCCAGCUGUUGUCUGCCUUCUGGUUACAAGCCAAUCUUCCAGAUAAUCUACCUUCAAACGUUGAAGCUAUAGCUCAUUCUUUCUGUUUAACACUUGUGUCAUCACGGCUUAGGAACCCCAAUGACAUCCUGGUGGUACGCUUCUUUCAGCUUCCCCUGUCACUAAGGAAGAUGUCCUUGGACUCUAACCAAGGAAUGUUGCCUCCAGCUUAUCAGAGAUCACUACUUAUCUUAUCAACCUCAAUGUUGAUGUUUGCUGCAAAAAUGUAUCAGAUUCCUGAUGUGAAUGAUUUACUCAAGUCAUUAUUUAAUUGUGAUGUUGAUCCCUAUGUGGGCAUCAGUGACGACUUCCAAGUUUAUGCAAAGCUUCAGGCGGAUGUGAGAGAAUAUGGUUCGACCACUGAUAAUGAAGCAGCUGCAUCCUUGUUGUUUGAGUUACAGAAUAGGAUAUAUGAAUCUGAAAAGAUCACACUAGAGAUCUUGGUUCGGAAUCUAUCAAGCAUUACUGAGCUGGAGACAGAUGACCUAAUGAAGCACAUGUCAGAAACAUUCACACCUGAUGAUGCAUUUGUGUAUGGUCCACAUUCAAUGCUUGACUCGGAUCACGUACAGGCAUCUGCAUUCUCCAAGGAAUCUUCUUUUGAUGGGGAUUUCCCUACUAAUUCAUUUGAGGAUGAUGUGACCAGUGAAUCAUCUGUUGUUGACCUCUCCCGCUUUAUUCCCAGAAUACCUCCAUCCCCAACCCCUUCCAUGUCUCACAUUGUUAGCAUUGGGCAGCUUUUGGAAUCAGCACUCGAGGUGGCUGGUCAAGUGGCUGGAACAUCUGUCUCAACUUCACCCCUUCCGUACAGUGCCAUGGCUAGCCAGUGUGAAGCUCUUGGCGCAUAUUCAAGAAAGAAGCUCUCUAGUUGGUUGAACCAUGAAUCCCACCACACAAAAGGUGCUGAUAUUCUGUUUCCGGCAUUCCCUGAAGAUGGACGGUCAACCAUCAAGAAGAUUGCCGGUGAAGGUGAAUCUGUCCAAGGAGCUUUGCUGCCAAUGGACCCAUGGCUGGCUCUCAGGUUGCCUCCUGCAAGCCCUUUUGACAACUUCCUCAGAGCAGCCCGGGGUUAGAACUGGCUUUAAGCGGUCUCCAUCUGAAUUUCCUAACUUAUUUCUUCGGCUAUGUGAGUAUGUUACCUAACUUGUAAAGGUGUAGACAGUGAUUAGGAUGUCUAGCUCGGUAUCUGCUUUAACCAAACAUCUAAGGGCCUCUGUACCCGGCCAUUCGUUGUAUCCACUAUUUGCACUGUACUAGUAGCUAGUUAUAGAUCUUGUGUUCUAUGCCCGGUUGUAUUCUUGUAUGCACUUCUGUCUUUCCACUACUUUUGGCAUUCACGGGGCUAAAAUGUAAGUCUCUCACUCUCUCUCUCUCUCU